AUGGGAUCGCAAAACCGGAAGUUGCGUCCCGGAACCGGAAGUAGCAACAUGGAACCCGGAAAUGCAUGCCUGACAAUUGAUGUGGCCAGUCUGGUGACUAUCACACACACGGUGAAGUUCACUCCCACUUUAUCUUGUCAGAGGAAGCUUCGAGCCUCUCUGGACUGUCAGCAGCUCACACAGGUUCACGGUGCUGCCGACAUUGUCAUCAAGGAGAACAUGUGCAGCAUUUAUUCAAGACGUUAUGAUUCCUCGGCUGGCCGCUUCCCAGUAAGGCCCAUCGACAUGGGAGAGAUAAUCUGUCACAGGCCAGCGGCAGUGUUUCUGGGGGCAGACGAUGGUCAGUUAUUAGUGCGCUCCAUUGACCUCUUUAAUUCCAAAACGGGACAAAAUCGCCUGGAGCAUCACACAGACCGUUAUCAAAGUGAUAACCUGAUCGUCCGUCGAGGGCAGAGCUUCCAGAUGUGGAUAGAGCUCUCACGAGAUUUUAAACCCGGAAGUGACCAACUGAACCUCGUCCUCAAACUAGGCUCGUUGCACCUGGCAAAAAGCCCCUUAGUGACUGUUCCUCUAGUUAAGGAGUUCCAGGGCAACCAAUGGGAGGCUAAGAUUAUCGAACAGAGGAGCAAUAAGAUAAAACUCUCCGUCUUCUCUCCUCCAAACGCUCCUGUUGGUCGUUAUGAGCUCAGUGUGGUAACAAGAGACACCACUUUCAUUCCCAGACCUGAAAACGACAUCUACCUGCUGUUUAACCCUUGGUGUAAAGAUGAUACAGUGUUUAUGGAUAACGAGAACGAGAGGAAUGAAUACGUUCUGAAUGAUGUGGGAAAGUUGUAUUACGGUACUGCGUCUCAGAUUGGAGGAAGGACCUGGAACUUUGGGCAGUUUGCUGAAGGGAUUCUGGCAGCGUGUCUGUUCAUACUGGAGAAGAGUAAAGUCCCUGCUUCAGGUUGGGGAGACCCCAUUACUAUCUCCAGAGUUGUGUCAGCUAUGGUCAACUCUCCUGACGAUGAAGGUGUGCUAGUGGGAAACUGGUCAGACAAAUACGUGGGCGGGACUCCCCCUACAGCAUGGAGCGGCAGCGUGGACAUCCUGAAGCAGUACCACAAAAGCAGAGGCAUGCCUGUAAAAUAUGGCCAGUGCUGGGUCUUCUCAGGGGUCACCACUACAGUUCUCCGGUGUUUGGGCAUUCCCACUCGCAGUGUGACAAACUUCAGCUCCGCCCAUGACACGGACGUUUCCUUAACCACUGAUGUGUAUGUCGAUGAGAGGAUGAGGCCGAUUGAGAGUCUUAACAGGGAUUCUAUCUGGAAUUUUCAUGUGUGGAAUGACUGCUGGAUGGCUCGUCCUGAUCUCCCAGACGGCCUGGGCGGCUGGCAGGCCGUGGAUGCCACGCCUCAAGAGACGAGUCAGGGCUUGUACUGCUGUGGCCCUGCCCCCGUGGCAGCCAUCCGUGAUGGACUGGUCUAUUUCAAAUACGAUGCAGCCUUUGUCUUUGCUGAGGUUAACAGCGACAGGAUCUACUGGCAGAGACAAGCUAACGGCUCCUUCACUCCGAUCUCCUGCGAGAAGUCCGUGGUUGGUCAAUGCAUCAGCACCAAGGCGGUCGGCUCUGACCGCAGAGAGGACAUAACACACCUCUACAAACACCCGGAAGGAUCUGAAGAGGAGCGACUCGCAGUGGAAUGUGCUUGCCGCUAUGGCUCCAAACCUAACACCUAUAGCUCUGCUCUGGCCAAUGAUGUCACUGUAAAGGUAGCCCUGAAAGGGGAGGAGCCUCAAAUAGGCCAGGAUGCUCAUCUGUCCAUCACUGUGAAGAACAGCAGCUCUGAGGUGCGCAGUAUUGACCUCUACCUCCAGGUGGCGGUCAUAUACUACACUGGAGUGCUAAAAGACACAAUCAAGAGUGAUGACAUAUCGGUGAAUCUCAAAUCACAGGAAGUCAAGACACUAGAUUGGACACUGCCUUAUAAGCUGUAUAAGGACCAGCUAGUGGAACAAGCAGCACUGAUGCUCACCUUGGCUGGAAAAGUCAGUGAGACCAAGCAGAUUCUGGCAACCAGGUUCAACUUCCGCCUGCACAUGCCCAACAUCACCAUCACCCCUGUAGGAGAUGCUGUGGUGGGGAGAGAAAUGGCAGCUAAAAUCGUAUUUGAGAAUCCUUUAGAGUGCACCCUGAAAAGAGCCACUUUGCGCAUCGAGGGCUUGGGCUUGCAGGCGACAAAAGUGCUCUCCUUCGGGGACAUUGAUGGUCUGGCACCGGUCACCAUGACAGUGAAGUUCACCCCCACUUUAUCUGGUCAGAGGAAACUUCUUGCCUCUCUGGACAGUCAGCAGCUCACGCAGGUUUAUGGCGUUGCCGACAUCCUCGUCAAGGAGAAGUGUGUGUUAGUGACAGCACAAGAAAAGCCUGCAGCGAGGGUGAGAAAGACACCAAAUACAAUCAGACUUCAAGAGUGCAGAUUGACACACAGGCUCUUCACAGUCACAAAGAUCAGCAUUCCGGAGACCAAUAUGCCUGCCGAAACUAACAGCACUCGGGUCGGUCGUUACCCAAAUGUCACUCUAUGGGAUGAGGGAUCGGAGAAGGAGGAAGAUCCGGUGCUUGAGAACAAGACGGAGAAAAAGGAAGAUGUGUAUCGAAGGUGGAUUCGCAAAAUAUGUCCGUGCUGCUUGCGUCCAUCCAGCAGCGAAUCUAUUGAGCUCACUGACAAGCCGGAGAAUUACAUAGACAAGCAGCCAGAGGAAACUCCUGAGAUAUAUGAAAAUUUCUUAUCAGUGCGCUCCAUAGAUCUCAUCAAAUCCAAAAAAGGUGACAACCGCAUAGAUCAUCACACGGAGCAAUACCAAUGCGACAACCUCGUCAUCCGGAGAGGGCAGACGUUUCAGAUGUGGAUAGAGCUCUCACGACCAUUCAACCCCAACACAGACAAACUGCACCUCGAGCUCAGACUGGGUCCUAACCCAAUAGUAUCAAAGGGCACUCUAGUGACCGUUCCUCUAGUUGAUGAUUUGAAGGACAAUUGCUGGGAAGCCAAGAUUGUUGAGAAGAAAGGCAACAAAAUCAAACUGUCCGUCAACUCCGUGCCCACUUCUUGCAUUGGUCAAUACAAGCUCACCGUGGCAACUCAGACGCCCGAUGGGAAUAGCACUUCUACGUAUAAACCUGAAAAUGACAUCAUCAUGCUUUUUAACCCCUGGUGUGAAGAUGACUCGGUGUAUAUGGAUGAUGAAGAGGAGAGGAAAGAGUUUGUUCUGAACGAUGUGGGGAGGAUCUACUAUGGUACAGAGUCUCAGAUUGGAGAAAGAACCUGGAACUUUGGACAGUUUGCUGAUGGUGUUCUGGCAGCAUGUCUGUUUGUACUGGAGAAGAGCCAAACCCCUGCAUCUGGGUGGGGUGACCCUGUUAACGUUAGCAGACUUGUGUCAGCGAUGGUCAACUCUCCUAAUGACCAAGGCGUCCUGGAAGGCAACUGGUCUGGCAUCUACACAGAUGGGACUUCACCGGCGGCAUGGAGCAGCAGCGUGGACAUCCUAAAGAAGUACCACAGCAGUGGAGGCAUGUCUGUCAAAUACGGGCAGUGCUGGGUCUUCUCAGGGGUCACCACUACAGUUCUCAGGUGCUUAGGGAUCCCCACCCGCAGUGUCACAAACUUCAACUCUGCCCAUGACACGGACGUUUCCUUGACGAAUGAUGUGUAUCUGGAUGAGAACAUGGAGCCAAUUUUUGAGCUGAACAGCGAUUCUGUCUGGAAUUUUCAUGUGUGGAACGAAUGCUGGAUGGUACGGGCUGAUCUGCCAGUCGGCAUGGGAGGCUGGCAGGUGGUGGAUGCCACGCCUCAAGAGACGAGUCAGGGCUUGUACUGCUGUGGUCCUACUUCGGUGGCAGCUAUCCGUGAUGGACAGGUCUACCUGAAAUAUGAUGCACCCUUCGUCUUUGCCGAGGUAAACAGUGAUAAGAUCUACUGGCAGAGGAACUCUAAUGGCACCUUCUCACAGAUCUACUGUGAGAAGAAUGCAGUGGGUCACUGCAUCAGCACCAAGGCAGUUGGAUCUGACAAGAGAGAAGACAUUACACACCUCUACAAACACCCAGAAGGUUCUGAAGAGGAGCGAAUCGCAGUGGAAACUGCCACUCGCUACGGGUCAAAACCUAACAUCUACCCAGCUUCUGUGGCCAAAGAUGUCACAUUAGAGGUCACUAUGGAAGGAGAAGGGCCUCGGAUGGGAGAAGACGCAAAGUUGUAUAUCAACUUGAAGAAUGACAGUUCGAGCAUGCGCAAUACCAUCCUCCAUGGCCAGGUGGCAGUCAUGUACUACACUGGAGUGCAAAAGGCUAUGGUGAAAAAAGAUGAUACAGCGGUGGAGCUCAAACCCAAUGAAGUCCAGACUCUGGAAUGGAUCCUUCCAUAUGACCUGUAUAAGAAUGAGCUAGUGGACCAUGCAGCGCUGAUGCUCACACUUUCUGGGCGAGUCAGUGAGACCAACCAGGUUGUGGCAACCCAGUUCAACUUCCGCCUUCGCACACCCGACAUCAUCAUCACACCUGUAGGGGAUGCUGUAGUUGGUAAAGAGAUGGCAGCUAAAAUCACCUUUAAAAACCCGCUACCACAUGUCCUGAAAAAGGUGAAGUUCAGGAUCGAAGGCUUGGGCUUGCAAAACAUCAGAGAGAUCUCCUACGGCAACGUGGACAGACUGGCGACCGUCACCCUGACAGAGAAGUUUAUUCCAACCUUGGCUGGUCAGAGGAAGCUUCUUGCUUCACUGGACUGUCAGCAGCUCACACAGGUUCACGGCAUUGCCGAUAUCUUGGUUAAGGAGAAGUGAAAACGUGUGCAAAUUUAAUCCACCGUGAACUCGCCUCUAAGAAAAUGAAGAGAGGGUAAAGACAGAAACCGUACACUAUAGCACUGUUUUCAAAUUAGAAACUAAGAAGUAUUGCUAGAAGCUUCACAGUUUAUGGGAUAUUUCUUAAAAUCUUGUUCAGAUGCCUUAUUACACUCUUUGGCAUUGCAGUGAAUGAUUUCACUUCACCUCCUAGUGCUGAAUGAUGCUGAUCUCUUAAAACUCUUAGCAAAAAAACCAUAAAUCUAGAAUCUGGCUGGAUAUUUCAGACAGAAUUCCAAGAGGAAUCCUUGAGGAACCACAUUUUCUAGGAGUGCACUUUAAAUAGAAGACUUUUUAACAUAACCUUUGUCUGAAAUCCUUUGUAUUAUAGCUCAUGUCUAUCUCUAAUCAAAAAAAAUGUAUAUGUUAUUUUAAAAACAUCCUUAAUUUUUACAUUUUCCCCUGGUGGCUUCAGGGCCCAACCCUGUUUGCAUCACCCAUAGUGAAUGACAAACCUUAACCUUACUAUAUGAUGAAUUUUUUUAUAGAACCUUAAUGCCAUGUGAGUCUUUAUAUCGGUGGCUAUAGCAGUCACUGUAAUGGCUGAUUUAAUCUGCCUGCUUAAUAUAGUGCUGAGUUACAGACUGCUUAACAAUAUCCAAAACAUGCUUAACACUAAAACACUUCAAAGAUGCCUUCAUUUCACGUAUUUUUAGUAUGCUCGUGUCUCGAGGUGCUGCAUGUGAAAAUCUGCCACAAUGUGACAUUUUACUUCUGCAUUAGCUGUUGUUUAUACUGUCUAUUUAUACCAAUUUGCACAUUUUAUUUAACUUAUUUUUCUUUUAUGUAUAUAAAGAAAUGGAGUAAAUAUACAAAUGGAGGAAUAAAAAUGGUUUAGUUGAGUCCUUAUUGCAGUGUGUAUGUUUAAAAGCUGUACUGUAUUCAUACUAUAAUCACUUUUAUACAAUCAAUACUACUGUUCUGAAACCAGUAAAAUCCUUCGGAACAUUCAGCAGA